ACAGGCACGUUUGGCAGAUCCCAUUUACCCUAGCAAUGUAGGGAUUAUUCUCAUCAUAUCAUUGAGUCAAAAAUUGCAUUUCAACCAUUAUAAGUUGAUUCUACUGCUUAAACUGUCCUAAGAGUGAAGUUACGGCAACAUUUUAUGAAAAUUUAGGCAUCGUAUGCAAAUUUGGGAUCCCAAACACGGCUCCUCCCUGUGACGUCACCGAUUGAAGCCAUAAUACACUUGCCCUCUGAUGGUGUAUGCUGUGUGGAGAUCGAAGCGAGCAAGACCCCCUUGCAGAACACCGUCCACCACCGCUCAUACACACAAGAUGCACGGGCUUGGCUGGUGUGGUAAUUUUGUAGUACCAAGCUGAUGCCUGAUCGUCGACUUCGGAAUAUACUUCGUGUUUGAGGCUCGAUAUUUUUACCAUUUAGCUGACUUUCUACCCUUGUUAAAGGAGAUCUGUAUUAUUGGAAUACCGCAGAAGAUAUACGGUUAGAAGAUGGGUUGGUUGGUGAGAGAAAAUCGGCAUCUAGCCGUCGGAUUUUUACUGACAUUGAUGGUGGUGCUUUUUCAUUUUGGCGCUGCCAAUGCACAGUUCGAUUACAACGAGGGAAUAACACACGGGCGCUGCGAAGCCAUAACAAUCCCGCUAUGCGAGGAUAUGCCGUAUAAUAUGACGAUCAUGCCGAAUCUUCUGAACCAUCAGCACCAAGAGGAUGCAGGGUUAGAGGUUCAUCAGUUCUAUCCUCUCGUCAAAGUACAGUGUUCUGAGGAUUUGAAGAAUUUCCUGUGCUCCAUGUAUGCUCCAGUUUGUACAGUGCUGGAUUCGGCACUGCCCCCGUGUAAAUCGCUUUGCCUGAGCGCCAGGAAUGGGUGCGAAAGCCUGAUGAACAAAUUUGGCUUUUCGUGGCCUGCAAGUCUUUCCUGCGAUCAAUUUCCAGAAGGGGGCUUGUGUUUUGAUCGAAAUCGCACCGACGAACGCAUUACCAUUCCCUCCACCAAAGCUCCAAAUAUCACCAAGCAGACGGAGGCGACUGUUACGAAAGAAGUUCCGUUCACCUGUCCUCUCGACCUGACAGUGGAUCAUGAUUGGGAUUACACAUUUAUGAGGGCCCAGAAUUGCGGGGCCCCCUGCAACAUGUACUUCCACACACCAAGAGAGCAGAACUUUGCAAGAUACUGGGUCGGUUGCUGGGCGUUCGUCUGUGCUGCCUCCUCGCUCUUCACCGUUCUGACAUUUCUCAUCGACCGCAGCCGAUUCCGCUACCCUGAGCGUCCCAUCAUUUUCCUGUCAGGAUGCUAUUUUGUUAUCUCGGUGGUCUUCAUCGCAGGGUUCUUUCUGCAAGAUAAAGUUUCCUGUAACAGACCGUACCAUCCUAACGCGGAAUCUACUCUAGUCCAAGGGGCGAAGCAGCAGUGGUGCACCAUCCUUUUCAUGUUACUCUACUUUUUCCAGAUGGCAUCGUGUCUGUGGUGGGUCCUGCUCAGCCUCACCUGGUUCCUGGCUGCUGGUCUCAAAUGGGGCCACGAAGCCAUAGAGCGCAACUCCCAGUACUUUCACUUCGCUGCCUGGUCCAUUCCAGCAGGGAAGACCAUCGGAGUCCUCGCUACUGGCCAGGUCGACGGUGAUUCCCUGUCCGGAGUCUGCUACACAGGAAUUCGCGACAUGAAUGCGUUGCGUGGAUUCAUACUCGCGCCACUCUUUGUGUAUCUCAUUAUUGGAUGCUUCUUCUUGUGUGCUGGAUUUAUCGCGCUGUUCCGCAUCAGGACUUUCAUGAAAAGCGAUGGCAACAAGACAGAUAAGCUGGAGAAACUCAUGAUCCGUAUUGGUAUCUUCUCGUUGCUUUACACCGUCCCAGCCACAAUAGUCAUCGGAUGUUACAUUUAUGAGCAGGCGAAUAGGGAAAUUUGGGAAGUGGCCUGGCUAUUAGGAAAUUGCCACCACUACAGCUUUGGGUGCCCUCAAGCUCAGAACUUGCCAGAAGGGAUCACUAUAGAUAUGCUACAAGCUAUCAAUUUGCCGGGUCCAGACUAUCUUGUUUUUAUUGUUAAAUAUUUGAUGAUGCUCAUUGUGGGAAUAACCAGCAGUGUUUGGGUUUGGUCACCUAAAACCGUGAGAUCGUGGACCCAGUUUUACUCAAAACUCUGUAAUUUUUCCUCACAUCCUAAAGGUGCACCAGCCAAUGUAUGAUCUCCGGGUGAGGAAGAAUCAAGCACUGACAAUUUGUAUGGACUUGUAAAAAACAAUAUAUGUGACCUUUGACAUGGAAAACUAAUAUGGAAAGUGAUGAAUCUCCUAAAGGAUAAAGUGAGUUUCAUACAUAACUCCUUGAGACAUCUUUACAUAAAUUUCUUAUUUAAUGUCCUAGUAAGACUAAUCCCUUGAUGCCAAGAGGAUACAUCAUUUCUUUUGGGAAAUUUUUCUUUUUUAUUCAAACUCUCUGAGAAUCUGAAAUAAUUGUUUGCCAUUUUCAGUUUUAGGUUUUGGUUCUGUUUUUUUUUCAAAUUGAAAGCAAGAAAAUAGCAACAAGCAUUUUCUUAUCAAUAACUUGAUGACAUUUUUUUUUUUUUUUUUUUUUUUUUUUAGGGGGGGGGUUGUCACUCAUUCUAACCUACAGAUUCUGACAAAAUGUAGAGGAUUUUAUAGAGCUGUCAAUGUGCAAACUUUAUGAUCACUACAUGCUCUGUAGUUGUACAAUUUUUGUUAUUACGAGCGUAGCGUCAGGUGUUGCCAAUUUUUGUGUACAUGUAAUCUGCUUACAAAGUAUUAUUGUUUCAUAAACUGUACAUGUAUCUUGAUAUGCCUUUGUAAAUAAACAAUUUAUGUAAAAAAAAUGUACAGCUAACAGAAAAAUGUAAACAAACUAUGCUAGAAAUGUACACUUUGAAAUAAAUCUUCAACUUUAUCACAGAGUUGAUGUGUUGAUAAUUUGAUAUAAAUGUUGUAGGAAAGCUGUAGAAUUGCAUGAUGGUUAUUAUGUCCAAUGUAGUGAAAAAAUAAUACAUCUUAUGGUUAGUAAGUUGACGUAGUGAAAAAUUCCACCAAGAUUAACAGUAACUACUAGUUUGAAGUACAUAACUCGUGUUGUUUCAGUGACACGACAAUGCUUCAAGAAGCACAUCAUUUUACUAUGGUUCUAAAUAAUUCAGUGCAAUUAGAGCAUUGUCAAGAUUACAUAAUGGCUGAAUCACGGUGGGGGAUAUGGUUCUAUGAAUAUUCUGGUUCCUUUUUUUUUUCGAACAUGAAAUAAAGUACAAUUUGUUUCCAAAGUUUUGAUACUGCAGUAACUUUGAGUAUGGUGUGCUAUUUCCAUGGGUUUGAAAGGAAUAUCAAUGGAUGGUCAUUUAAGAUCCAUUGAAUUAACAUAUAAUUCAACAUAAUUUUUUUUCUUCAAUAUCGUUUGUCUCUGGCAUUCUGUGGUGUUGGACAUUAUUGACAAUCUUUGCUUUCAAUUCUUUCAUAAACUGUCACCAAAUUGAAAAUGAUUUACUGCCAACCGUAUGGAAUAAAAGAAGAUAUUAUGUAUUCAUAUUUCACUACCAACAUCAUUUUUUAUAUGAUGGCACAUAUAUUUAGGCCUGUAAGGUUAAUUCAAUCAGUUUCCCAGAGUUUCCUUCUUUUUACAGUUCUAAUCACAAGCUACAAUUAAUUACAGGCAUGCACUGUUUUGUCUUCAAUGCAAGAAAAUGUAGGUUUUUCAGUGUCUCAUUAAUUAUUCUUGUUGUUGGGGCUUCUGCCCUUUUGUUAGGAGUUCCACAGGAAGUUUCAAAACUGUUAUCAUAGCUUUCAUAUACAUAUUUGAUCUUUUGGCUUAUUGUUGGGUGAUUAUUGAGCAAACAUGUUUUUAAAAUUUCGAAAUUUUUUCACAAAAUCCAUAUGUAUUUCACUUUUUAUGUCUUUAGCUUGGUUGAUGACAUCUCAUUUCUCAAAUUGGUUCAUAUUCUUUAUUUGCAAGCACUAAGCAGUUAAAUCAGUGAUUGAGAUCUAUUCAACUUCAGAAUUUACAUGUUAUUUUAAUGUAUUACCAAUCAGAAAAAGGAACCCUACACCCAAACUCUGUAGUUUGUGGUGAUACGGUUUGAACAUACAUGUACAAGUUAUGUGUGGACUGUCAUAACUUAAAUUCAAGGAUUUUCCACUGCAAAUUUUUUCUUAUAGUUUUGUUUGAGUUUCCAUGCAGGCUAAUUAUUCCUACAUGUAUGGUGCUUUUGGGUUAUAUGUUACUAAAUAGAACUAUUGAUAAUCAUGGAUUAUAACUAAGUACAUAAUUUAGUACAGAUAGAGUUGGCUGCAGUUUUGAUCUGAUUUAACUGAUCAUAAAUUGAUAUGACCCGCUAUCAGAAGGUGUUUAUUACGCUGUGUAUUUAAUCUGUUAGAUCUUUAGUUCAAACUUGUUGCAAAUUGUUAGAAGUUACUCUUCACUUACCAUGCGUGAAAUUUUACAAAUGGAGCCAGUUUUAAUUUUAUGGGCAAAUUACAGUUUAAUUCACCAUCCACAUUUCUCAUGUGUGUAUGUUCCCUUGUAUUCCACUGCACUAUGCAUUCUCUUUGCAUAUUUUUGUAUUGGUUUCUAGUACAACGGCAGAUUAAUUAUGUCAAGAAUUGUACAAGCGCCAUUUGUAGUCCAAUUUGUACAAGAUUCAGUGUUAUGUGACCGAAUCGCUCUUUAGAAAGCCGAUAUGUUCUACAUGUGUAUCAAUUCUGUGGAAAACUGGAAGAUUUUUUUCUUUAUUAUUAAGGUUGUUGAUGUUAAAAAGGAAUAGAAAGAUAUGUGAAAUUAAAAACGCAAACAUUUCUUGUAUUUAAA